GUUGGUCAGAUUGCUUCUCUACGCUUGCGCUCUUUUUCCACUGACAGCUUCUCCGAAGUGAGGUUGUCUGUGUGUAGAUUUAAUUUUUUUAAUAUUCUAAACAUCCUUUGAGGAUUUAACUUCCAAAAUGGUCCAAAAGAAACCUAAGAAGAAGGUAGGAAAGAAAGUAGCUGCAGCUCCUCUUGCAGUCAAAAAAGUUGAACAAAAGAAAGAAGUUAACCCACUUUUUGAAAAGAGGCCUAGAAAUUUUGGAAUUGGUCAGGAUAUUCAGCCUCCCCGUGAUUUAUCUCGAUUUGUAAAAUGGCCAAAAUACAUUCGUAUUCAAAGACAAAAGGCUGUACUACAAAAGAGAUUGAAGGUUCCACCACCAAUUAACCAAUUUUCUCAAACUAUUGACAAACAAACAGCCACCCAAUUAUUUAAAGUCUUGGAAAAGUACAGGCCUGAGACAGCCCUUCAAAAGAAAAAUAGGUUAAAGGCUAAGGCUGAAGCUAAGGUUGCCAAGAAAGAAGAGGCACCUGCUAAGAAACCAAACACAUUGAAGGCUGGUGCCAAUACAGUGACUAAGUUAAUUGAACAGAAAAAAGCCCAAUUGGUUGUUAUUGCACAUGAUGUUGACCCAAUUGAGUUGGUUCUGUUCCUACCAGCCCUCUGCAGGAAAAUGGGUGUCCCAUACUGCAUAGUUAAAGGUAAAGCAAGACUUGGACUUCUUGUGAGGCGCAAGACUUGUUCAGCUGUAGCACUUACACAAGUUGACUCUGGAGACAGGUCCAACUUCAACAAACUUUUGGAAGUAAUUAAAACUAACUUCAACGACCGUGUUGAUGAAAUCAGGAGGCACUGGGGUGGUGGUUUGCUUGGAUCCAAAUCUGCUGCUCGUAUUGCUAAGUUAGAGAGAGCCAAAGCUAAAGAAUUGGCACAGAAACAAGGUUAAGAGAGGAAGAUUUUCUUGUUUUAAUAACAGGACUUUGUAAUAAAUAAAUUUAUUAAGUUU